GACGAUUUUACAACAGACUCCCUGGAAGUGCCGGAGCUGAGCUGUGGAAGGCACACAUCGAUGAAAGCCAAGCCAAGCCACCAAGCCGCCAGCAUGUCCUCGUCUCUUCGAGUAAGCCCGUCCAUCCACGGUUACCACUUCGACACAGCUGCUCGCAAGAAAGCUGUGGGCAACAUCUUUGAGAACAUAGACCAGGAGUCCCUGCAGAGGCUCUUCAGGAACUCCGGAGACAAGAAGGCAGAGGAGCGGGCCAAGAUCAUUUUUGCCAUCGACCAAGAUCUGGAGGAGAAAACUCGAGCCCUCAUGGCCCUGAAGAAGAGGACCAAAGACAAACUUCUCCAGUUUCUCAAACUGCGGAAAUAUUCCAUCAAGGUACACUGAGCGCAGCGGGCUGGGUAAGGAGCUUAUCCACCAAUGGACCUUUAACGACCCAGUGAGCCUGUCCGCCCUGGCAGGGGCCGCGUCCCGCGCAAAGGCUUGAGAGCUUCUUCCGAGACAGGACCCCGAGGAUGGAACGGGACAUAACUCACCAGCUACAUAGACUUCCAACUCAUUGCAGCCCUGAGCUGCCCCACCCGGGAGCCAAGUGCCUUCAGCAGGCAUUAAGAACUCUCGCAGCAGGAGAGGACGGACAUAGCCUGAGAGGAUGGAAGCACUGACCAGAACGUGGCAUUUGUGGGGACUGAGUGCACGAACCCAGGGCCCUCGGCGAGGCCCUAAGACUAAACUCAAACCUAACUUGGGUUUUGUUCUUGUUUGGUUUGUUAUUUUGUUUUCUUUCUUUUCAUUUUUUUUUUUUUUGAAAAUAUCGAAAUGGGUAGAGAGAGAGAGGGAGGAAAGAGAAGGAAGAAGAAUACGUGGUUUACUGUCGUUUUGGUUUUUAAAAACUGAGUGUUUUAAAAUGUGGCUAACCUCCGUGCUGUUUAUUGGUCAAGAUUUUUAGAGAUCAGUAAUGGACUGCUUGCAUUUAAUACAAUGCCUAAGACAGUGCACCCUCUGGUGUUAAAGUCAAAGAACUGGACGCCUUGCCCAGCCCAGGAAAAACCCACUCUGUCGGGCUUUGUUUCUAGAGGAUUUGUACACAUUUCAAAAUGGUUUGCACAAAGUUCAAAUAAUGGGACCCUUCAUAAAUCUGAAGGACUGUGAACAAUUUUUGUAAUUUUUUUUACUCUGACUAAUGCUAAAAUAUAAUCGAAUUAAAUGUCCUACAGACACUAUAGCGAGCAUUAGGAAAUGAAUAUGGGAGAUUUUAGAAGGAUGCUGUGGGUUUUUUUUUAUAAUUUAUUAUACAUUGUAAGUGAUACAUAGCGCUAAUAAAUUAUUAUCAACUUA